AUGAGCCCGGCGGUGAUCCGGUGCUGGGAGCGGGCGCCCGCCCUGGGCGCCAUCGCGGGCGCCCGGAUGGCCGGCGUCGACGUCAAGGUCGAGAGCGACGCCAAGUACCCGAAGACCGACCCGCCCGUCAUGGUUCUCCCCGACGGGUUCGAGAUUUCGGGAGUCCCGAUGAUGCUCCGCUUCAUCGCGCGCACCGCCGCCGCCCGCGCGGACGCCCCGGCCCUCUACGGCGCCCCGGGCGACGCACGCACCGCCGUCGAGGUCGACCUGUGGCUGGACGUGUGCGCGACCCUCGUCGCCGGCCCGACGUUCCAGCCCGUGUGCCACGCCCUGUCCGACUGCCUCGCGGCGCGCACGUACCUCGUCGGCCACGCGCUGACGCUGGCGGACCUGGCCAUAUGGUCCCAGCUGGCCACUACGCCCAUGUGGGACAAGGUCAAGUCGUCGCCCGGCGCGGUGCACCUCGCGCGCUGGUUCAACUUCAUCGGCGACCACGCGGAGUGCGCCAGGGCCGCCGCCGAGUUCAAGAGCGCAGGCAAGAGCAGCGAGACCGCGAAACGCGCGGCGGAGGUCACGGGGAAGAAGAAGGGCGAGGGCGGGACGUUCGACCUCGACCUGCCCGGCGCGGCGCCGGGCAAGGUGGUCACGCGGUUCCCCCCCGAGCCCUCCGGGUACCUGCACGUGGGGCACGCCAAGGCCGCGCUUCUCAACCACUACUUCGCCAAGAUCUACGACGGCAAGCUCAUCGUGCGGUUCGACGACACGAACCCGACGAAGGAGAAGGACGAGUUCGUCGAGAGCAUCCUGCGCGACAUCAAGACGCUGGGCAUCGAGUGGGACCGCAUCACGUACACGUCGGACUACUUCGACAGGCUCCAGGAGGCGGCGAGGCGGCUGAUCGGCGCCGGGGUGAUGUACGGCGACACGACGCCGGUCGACGUGAUGCGCGAGGAGCGGCUCGCGUGCAAGGAGAGCCGGUGCCGCGGGCAGAGCGUGGAGGAGAACCUGCGGCUGUGGCGGGAGAUGCUGGCGGGGAGCGCCGAGGGGCAGUCGUGCUGCAUGCGGCUGAAGAUCGACAUGAAGAGCGAGAACGGGUGCAUGCGCGACCCCGUGGCGUACCGGUGCAACCUCGUGCCGCACCACCGCACGGGCACGCGGUACAAGGCAUACCCGACGUACGACUUCGCGUGCCCGUUCGUGGACGCGUUCGAGGGCGUGACGCACGCGCUGCGCACGAGCGAGUACAAGGACCGCGAGCCGCAGUACUACUGGAUCCUCAAGGCGCACCAGAGCGUGUCCCCGGGGCUCCCGGACGUGUGCAUGUGGGACUUCGCGCGGCUCAACUUCCAGUACACCGUGCUGUCGAAGCGUAAGCUCCAGUACUUCUGCGACCAGGGGUACGUCCAGAGCUGGUUCGACGCGCGCUUCCCCACGGUGCAGGGCCUCGUCCGGCGCGGCCUCCAGGUCGAGGCGCUCAGGGAUUUCAUAAUAAGCCAGGGCGCUUCGAAGAAUAACACGCUUCAGGAAUGGGACAAGAUCUGGUCGAUCAACAAGCGCAUCAUCGAUCCCGUGUGCCCGCGGCACACCGCGGUGGUCUCCGCGGACGCGGUGCCGAUGGAGCUGACCAACGGCCCCGGGGGAGUCGAGUACGUGACGGUCCCGCGGCACAAGAAGCACCCACCGGCGGGCGUCAAGGCGAGCUACCGGGCGGCGCGGAUCUUGCUCGACCAGGCCGACGCGCAGGUCGUCACGGAGGGCGAGGAGGUCACGCUGAUGGACUGGGGCAACUGCUUCGUGCGGAAGAUCGUGCGGGAGGACGCGAACGACGCCAAGUCGAAGGUCGUGCGGCUCGUUGGCGAGCUACACGUGGGGGGCAACUUCAAACAAACGAAGCUGAAGCUGACUUGGCUUGCAGACGUGCCGGACCUCGUCCCGCUGCGCGUGGUGGAGCUGGGGCACCUGAUUUCGAAGCCCAAGCUAGAGGAGGACGACGACUUCGAGGCGCUGGUGAACAAGGAGAGCUGGAAGGAGGUGGCCGCGCUGGGGGACCCGAACAUGCGCACGCUGAGCAAGGGCGACGUGAUACAGCUGGAACGCAAGGGAUACUACAUCGUGGACUCCCCCGCCACGCGCCCCGGGGAGGCCGUGCUGCUGUACAACAUCCCGGACGGGCGCAUGGCCAAGUGA